AAACAGGAGUCAAGUAGUUUGACUGAUGUCCAGACGCGUACCGCUGUUGUGUUUCACAGCUUUCCUUUCUCUCAGUCAGGCAGGCGUGUGAAACUAAGCGAGGGUCUCCGCAUUUGAUCGUGAAUUUUGAGCGUUUAUAGCGGCGAAGUUGUCAAAUUGAUUUUUUUUGUUUUGGUUGUUUCGUACAGUGUGCUAUAAAGGGUCUUUUAUUCAUUGGACUGAGUGCGUUUGCACCGCAGUGAGUGAGUGAACGGAGAUUCACGUCCACUUUUAAACCAUGUUGCAAACUUUUUUCCGGCAACAAUUGAAUUAAACUUUUUAAUUUCAAACGUUCUGCAGACAAUAUAUCGCCUUCAUGAAUUGCGUUAUCACCAUGACUGAUGAAAGCAAAGGAGAACACGGGAAAGGCGAAAGCGGGAAAGAUUUGGAGAAACAGCUACGUCUGAGAGUGUGUGUUUUGAACGAACUUCUGAAGACUGAACGGGAUUAUGUCGGGACACUCGAGUUCCUUUCAGUGUUUCUCCACCGCCUAAACCAGUAUGCAGCCACGAAGAUCGACAAGAACGUCACAGAGGAAACCGUUAAGGUGCUGUUCUCUAACCUGGAGGAAAUCCUUUCUGUGCACCGUAACUUCCUGUCCAUGGUAGAAGAGCUGCUGCAGCCAGACCCCCACGCUCACCACGAAGUGGGCCGCUGCUUCCUGCACUUUAGGAGUGGUUUUCAGAUCUACGAUGAGUACUGUGGGAACCAUGAGAAAGCUCAGAGAUUGCUGCUGGAACUCAACAAAAUCAGGACCGUCAGAACAUGCUUACUGGUGAGGAACCGUGAGCUGCUAAAGAGGACUCCUAAGAAACACAAUGACUACUCCCUGGUGUUGGAGUCUCUGCAGGUCAUGAAGGCUGUUUGUUCCUCCAUCAACGAGGCCAAGAGACAGAUGGAGAAACUAGAGGUGCUGGAGGAGUGGCAGUCCCACAUCGAGGGAUGGGAGGGUUCCAAUAUAACAGACACGUGUACAGAGAUGUUGAUGCAUGGAGUGCUGCUGAAGAUCUCAGCUGGUAACAUCCAGGAACGCAUCUUCUUCCUCUUCGACAACCUGCUGGUCUACUGCAAGAAGAAAAACAGGCGUUUAAAAAACAGCAAGGCGGCUACAGAGGGACCUCGUUACCUGUUCAGAGGAAGAAUCAACACCGAGGUGAUGGAGGUGGAGAACGUAGAUGACGGAACAGCGGAUUACCACAGCAGCGGGAACAUAGUGAACAACGGCUGGAAGAUCCACAACACAGCCAAGAACAAGUGGUUUGUGUGCAUGGCCAAGACCCCAGAGGAGAAACAGGAGUGGCUGGAGGCUAUACUCAAAGAGAGGGAGAGGAGGAAAACGUUGAGGCUGGGGAUGGAGCAGGACACGUGGGUGAUGGUGUCAGAGAAAGGAGAGAAGCUCUAUCACCUGAUGACUAAGCAGGGACACCUCAUCAAGGACAGGAAACGCAAGCUCACCACAUUCCCCAAGUGCUUCCUGGGAAGUGAGUUUGUGAGCUGGCUGGUGGACAUUGGGGAGACUGAUAACCCAGAGGAGGGGGUUCAUCUGGGACAGGCUCUACUGGAGAACGGCAUCAUACACCAUGUCACAGACAAACACCAGUUCAAGCCAGAGCCGGUGCUGUACCGUUUCCGCUAUGACGACGGGACCUACCACCCCAGGAGUGACAUGCAGGACGUCAUCUCCAAGGGUGUCAGACUCUUCUGCAGGCUCCAUAGCCUCUUCACUCCGGUCAUCAGGGACAAGGACUACCACCUGAGAACGUACAAGUCGGUGGUGAUGGCCAACAAGUUGAUAGACUGGCUCAUAGCACAGGUAAAACCUGCAUCUCACCUCCUUUCUUUUCCUGACCCCUGUACGGUGGCAGCCAUCGCAGGGCUCCACCCCGGCCAGUGUAUAUCAAGGUGAACACACAUCAACGUCAGUAAGGAAAGCCACGCCAGCGUCAUCGCACACGUUACUGCCUGUAGGAAAUACAGAAGACCCACACAGGCGGACUAUCAGCCGGACUAUCAGCCAGACUAUCAGCCCGACUAUCAGCCAGACUAUCAGCCAGACUAUCAGCCCGACUAUCAGCCCGACUAUCAGCCCGACUAUCAGCCCGACUAUCAGCCAGACUAUCAGCCAGACUAUCAGCCAGACUAUGUGAUGGAUAAGUUCAACACCAUCGCUAUCAUUGACGGUAAGAAGGACCACGUGAGUCUGACCGUAGACAACGUCCAUCUGGAGUAUGGAGUGGUGUACGACUACGACAGCACCGCCGGGAUCAAGUGUAGAGUCCUGGAGAAGAUGGUGGAGCCAAAAGGAUUCUUCAGCCUCACAGCCAAGAUCCUGGAGGCGCUGGCGCAUAGUGAUGACACGCUGGUUCAGAUGUGCAGUAGACUGAGCUCCAGCUGUGACGUCAUCCCCGAGAACCUGCAGGUCCGCUUCAGCGCCAUGUGUGGAGAGCGGGUGGAGCACAUUAACAGACGUAUCACCAACUACAGAAAGUUCUCGCGGGUGUUGAAGAACAGGGCGUGGCCCACCUUUAAGCAGGCUAAAACCAAGGUGUCCCCGCUCCACAGCAGCGACUUCUGCCCCACCAACUGCCAUGUGAACGUGAUGGAGGUGUCCUACCCCAAAACCACCACCUCUCUGGGCAGCGCCUUCGGAGUGCAGCUGGACAACAGGAAGAGCUCUACCCUGGAGAGAGGAGGUCGUAACGCCGAACAAGGUAAGCUGAACCCCAUGGUGUACGUACAACACACCAUCACCAGUAUGGCAGCUCCGUCAGGUCACAGUCUGGGUCGUACGGAGGGUCACGGCCUCCGCUUCCUGCUCCGGGAGGAUGACCUGCUGAUCUUGGACUCCUACCAGAAACUACUGGGCAAGCUGACCACGCUGGUGAAAGAGAUGGAGGGCCACGCCUCACAGAUACACGACCUCCUCUCCUCCAUCACCCUCCCACCUGCCUCAGACAUGAAGACCCCAGAGAGUUACAUCUCAGCGGAAAGCGAAGGAGAGCGAGGAGGAGAGAAGAACGGAAAGAAGGUGUGUUUCAACGUCGCCGGAGACGAACAGGAGGACUCAGGACACGACACCAUCAGCAACAGAGACUCCUACAGUGACUGUAACAGCAACAGGAACUCCAUAGCUUUCACCAGUAUCUGUAGCAGCCACUGCAGCUCCUAUGUUCACAGUGAUGAGAUGGACUCAGGAGACGAGAUGCCUGCCAGUGUAUGGAUAUCUCAUGACAAGCAGAAGAAACUACACAGCUUCCUGGAGCAUCUCUUCAGCCAGGUGGAGUCCAUCACCAGUCUGCUGAAGGGAGCGGUGGUGGCCAAGGCCUUUGAACAGACCAAGUGUUUCACACCUGGACGAGCACUACAAGAGUUCCAGCAGGAGAUGGAUCCUCGGGUUAACUGUACCAAGAAGCUCCGUGUCCACAUCAAGCAGGACCCAUGGAACCUCCCCAGCAGCGUACAGGCCCUCACACACACCAUCGCCAAGUUCGUAGAAGAGGUGAAGACACGACUGCUCUUGGUCCUACUACAGUACACAGACUCAGAGAUCCAGUUGAGAAGAGAUAUGGUGUUCUGUCAGUCUCUGGUAGCAGCUGUUUGUGCCUUCUCCCAACACCUACUGGCUGUUCUCAACCAGACCCAGGGAUCAGGCAGGGAGUCAGACCCAGAGGCCCCGGACCCCCAGGACCCUCAGGAGGCCCAGGAGGCAAGCCGACGGUGGCUGGAACAGAUAGCCUCCGCUGGGCUACUUCUCCACUUCCAGUCCCUCCUCUCUCCCAACCUGACUGACGAGCAGGCCAUGUUGGAGGACACUCAGGUAGCUCUGAUUGACUUGGAGAAAGUCACCUUCUACUUCAGACAGUUUGAAGGAGAACCACUGGUUGCAAACAUGCCCAUGUCGUAUGCGGUGGAGGGGACACGCCAGGCCCUGAAGGUCUGUUUCUACCUGGAGACAUUCUACUUCUCCCAGCUACCCCAGCGCCUCCGGAACGGAGGAGGCUUCAAGAUCUACCCUGUCCUAUUCACCCAGGCUCUAGAGAGUAUGGAAGGGUAUUACUACAGGGAUAGUGUGUCUGUAGAGGAAUACCAGGCUCAGAUUAACUCUGCCUCGCUGGACAAAGUCAAACAGUACUACAAGAGACUGAGGGCUUUCUACCUGGAUAAGUCCAACCUUCCCCCCAGCUCCACACCUAAAGCUGCCCUCAUAGACAAGUUGAUGCGUCCUCUGAAUGCUCUGGAGGAGUUGUAUCGGCUGAUGGAGAGUUUUAUCUCCUCCCGUCGCACGGCAGCCUGUCAGUAUACAGCCUGUGGGGCGUCAGGAGUCGGCCUGCUUACCGUGGCAUCAGAACUCUGCUCUCGCCUCGGAGCCACACACAUCGUCAUGUGCAACAGCGGCGUGCACCGCUGCACCCUGAGUGUGACCCUGGAACAGGCAAUCCUAUUGGCUCGUAGCCACGGCCUUCCCCCACGAUGCAUCAUGCAGGCUACUGACGUCAUGAGGAAACAGGGGGCGAGAGUUCAGAAUUCAGCCAAGAACCUGGGAGUGAGAGACCGCACUCCGUCCUCUGUACCUAGACUGUAUAAGCUGUGCCAGCCUCCACCCCCAGAGGGUGAUUCCUAAUUCCCUAGUAACUGUACGGAGCUGUCCAGUCCAGCGAAGUUCUGCUCACCCUUCUUCCUGACUCCAUUCCUUAGAAGACUUCUCUCUUUCUACCACUGAAGAAUCAACCUGGGAGUGUGUCCCAAAUGGCGCCCUAUUCUCUAUUUAGUGAACUACUUUGGACCAGGGCCCAAAAUGCUCACACUCGUGAGUUCCGUGGGUUCCAAUAGGGCUCUGGUCCAAAGUAGUGCACUAUAUAGGGUAUAGGGUGCCAUAUGGGACAUAGACCUGGAAACAGAACAUUUUCUCUCAUCUACAGCUAGCUUGCCUUUUCAAAAUUCCCACACUCAGUCACUCAACAGUGGGCUCAGUGGGUUCACAAUUUGUAAAUAGUGAAUUUUUAAUGCUCUAUUUUUCUCUCCGCUAUUGUGCUGUACUUUAUAGCUGAUUUUAAAAUGGAUUUAUAUAUGUGUCUUGUGUCCAGCUACAUUGCAUCUCAUUUAACAUUAACAGUGUUUAUAAUGGAACAACAACAGAGCCUGAGAUUGGUGCCUUGAGGCUGACGUCAAACCAGCCAACUGAAAUGGAAUGUAGCCUAUCCAUCAAUGUUCUUUCUUUCUGCAAAUAACUAUAAUGGAAUGAAAAUGAGCUGUUUUGUUAUCACAAAGUUCAGGAAAUGACCAUUCCAUGACCUGACUGAUAUUGUUUGAUAUUUGUUUGGAUAUGGUGUGAAAAUUGAAUGAGAUUAUAUGAGUUGUGGGGCAAUAUUGCUGUGCCCCAUUUGCGCAGUCAUUUAUUUUCCUUUCCUUUCUCUCCAACUUGCUCAUUCCAGAUAAUGCAUUUAUGGCUAUGUUGAUAACCAUGUGAAUGUUGUUGUAACAUUGAUCAUAGCGAUACUGUAAAAUGACGUGUAGAUAUGCAGGUAUGACACCUUGAACACUACCAUGUAGCCUUGUAGACACUCUAGUGUCAUACCUUCUCUAGAGUCAAAGGCUGCAUUCCAAUCUAAAUCAGCACCUUUGCUUCCUCCCUUCACUUGGAGUGACGUAUCUAUGACGUUUCCCCGAGGGAGCUUUCCCGAGCGAGUGGAGUGGAGGAGGGAAGGGAUAAAGUGGAUUGAGACCCACCGAAAGAUUAGUAAGUGACCACUAAACGGUGCAGUGUAGCUCGUGUGUUUUCUAUUCUGCAGUCUCUGUGCCUUAAUGAUGGUAUAUUACAGAUAUAAACAUGAUCAUCUAUACACAUAUGAAGUGACCCCCCCUGAUAUGAAGAGGUUCCUACAUGAACCAUCAGUAUUAAAACAGCACUCCACGCUUAUGUAAGUAGAGCUAUGAAAUAUAUAUAAAUAUACUUAAAUAUUGUAUAUUGCCAGUACUCAGGAGCUAAGUAUUAUUCUGUAUUUAGGUAUUACUUACAGUAUCAUUGCUAUAUUGGUAACAACAUUAUAGAGUUGGUUAAUUACUGGACUAUACAAACAUGGGAUAUCAAACUGCAUAGAUGAGCUUGGAUACAUUCCAAAUGGCACCCUAUUCCCUAUUUAGAGACCUAUGGGGCCUGGUCAAAAGUAGUGCACUGUAUAUGAAAUAGGGUGCCAUUUGGGACUCGGCCUUCUGUUUGACAGCUGUCCCCAUAUAUCUCUCAAUUUCUUACUGUAAACAUGUUUGAAAUAAGUACCUUUUCUAAUAUUGUAUAAUGAAGGUGUCUGUUUGCCAUAUAGCAGCGUAUAAUGUGUUGAAGAGAAAACACAUGAGAAGAAAGAGAAAUGUAAAGAUGCAACUGUAAAAAAAGAUGAACACCAAUAGCCAUGUUUGUUUGUUUGACUGAAAAUUACUGUAAUUUAUUUUCAUAUUAUGAGACUGACCCGCCAUAGUUGCCAUAUACACAAUGUAAUUUCUCUCGUUUUUAAACCAAUUUUCUCUGUAUUACUUUUAAAUAUACAAUGUUAUACUGUAGUCAUUAAUUUCAAUUAAACCCAUUUAAAGGAGA